AUGCCAACUGCACAACAUCCUAUUAUUCAACACUCUGACUAUGAUGAUCAUCAUUUGUCUUCAGAUGAAAUAACAACAUUUAAUUGUCAAUCAGAUAAGAAGAUUUCAAGCAGAUAUACACAAUUGCGAAAGCAGUUGAGAUCCUGUGAACAUUUCAAAGAAAAUUACUUUGUUCUCGAAGUGAACAAGCCUAACAAAGCAUCUCAGGAUAACAAUACCUUAGAAAAGAAGAAGAGAAAGAAGAGACAAACAGCUGCCGAGGACCAUCCACAUCCAGACGAAAGUCUUUCGAAUGAUGACGGCUCAGAAGAAAUGAAAAAAAAGAAGAGAAAGUCAUCCAAAACAACAAGUACUCAACCAGCAGCUGCUCAAACAAUAGAAGACAAAGUUGCCAUUCAUACCUCUCCAACCAAUAAUAUCAAUGCCACUACCAUUUCAUCUAACAACUCCUCAACCACCAUGCAAAUUACCACUUCCACUACUUGUGUAAAUAAUGAACAACAAACACCAACCUCUAAUACAGAAACAGGCAACCAACAAGUGUCACCUCAAUUGAAUGAUGGAUUGGUUCUCCAAUUAAUGGGUUUGCUUCAAAAUAAUAAUGCUUCCAAUCCAACUUGCAAUAGUAAUCAAAUGACACUAGAAGGUUUAGAAUUGCAAAUCAAAUUGUUGCAGAGAUUGCAAGAGACAAUUAACUUACUUAAAGGAUCGAGUCAACUACAAAUGAUAGUGCCAUCUCAGGAAAGUAUGCCAACAAUGAAUUCAAAUAGCUCAAUGCCAUCGAUAUCAUCAUCCGAAGAUAUAUUUCAAAUACUAGACUAUGGAGACUGCCCAGAUAACAAUAAUCAAAGUUUUCCAGUUGAAAUGACUGGUUUUGCCAGUUGUGAAGAUUUUGCUGAAUUGUUGAACGGUUUCAUCUAA